GCUUGUUCCUGACAUCAUCUUUUCCCACCUUCAUCGUUGUCUGCUUUUCUUCUUCCCUACUACUUCCAGCGGUGCAAGGCUUUCUGUUUCUCUGCGUGACAUCCUCUAAUCUAUGACUGCCGCUCUCUAGUACCCAUGGCCACCUUGCGCCUCGCUACCUCACCCGGCUUACGGGCCGCUACGACGUCGCCGUUGACCUCGCAGCUGUGGUCCAGCGCCACCGCUGUGAAUGCAACAGUAGCUUCUGUCGCCGUAGCUGCUGCGUCUAGUACUACCACGACGACAAAGACGAUAAUUCCUCCCCCGCCGUCCGUCCUGGCGCAUGCGAGAACGAAGCACGUCGAGCCGCAGAACCGCUACUUCAACCCUUCCAACGCAACCCUCUCCACCACCGGCGGCAGGCCCGGCAAGAAGCCAGGCGACGAGAACAAUGCAAAUUUAGGAAAAACCCUUCGCAUCCUCCAAGACCACCUACCUCGGGUCCUCCAAGCCCCGCUCCCGCAAGAGAUCCUCGCCCCCAACAUCUCGCUCCACCUCUUCCCGACAACGCACCCGCACCUCCCGACCGUCUCCGGCCGCGUCGCCUACACCGCCGCCCUCUGGACCUCGCCCAUUGCCUGGAACCGCAUGCCGCUGGUCGGGAACGUCCGCUUGUCCAUCGUCUCGGAGCGCGUGACGAAGCAGCCCCUCCACUUUGCGCCGUUGCAUCCUGGCGCUGUGCCGGAACAGCUGGUCGUCAGGUGGUGCGCGUCUGGCAAGAAGAAUGGCGGAGGGGUCGGCGGUGCGGCGGGAUCUCCUUCGUCUGGCGCUGCGACGUCGGAAGGAGGGGGCGCGAAGACGGAAGACGGCGGGGAUAAGGCGUUUACGGGGCUCUUCGUGUUCCAGUUUGAUGCCGAGGGCAGGAUAUUGAGCCAUACGAUCGAAACGGUGCAAGAGGGCGGUGACUGGGAGAAGGGCGUCGGUGCCAAGGUCGUCGGGCUGACGGAUUGGCUCCUUGGCGGGAUGCGGAGGCAGGGAGAGAAUCCCAGCCCUGCGUUUGAGGGUCUCGACAAGGGCAAGCAGUGAGGCUGCAUCUUUCAUCACUGCACGAAAGGUCGCUUCACAGAACGGUAGUGUUGUAGAUAGUCGGACGAAUGGCGCAACGGAAACGGCGUUUUGGAUGUUUGGGAACAUACCAAUUUCAUCAUUAGGCGGGCGGCACAGCUAGCAACC